CUCUCCACGCGCACGCACAUUCUUCUCUAUCUAUCUGCCUAUGGCGUCGAUGUCGUCACGGCGGGCGGUGGCCGAGGUGGAAACGACACUGCUGAAUGAUGGCGGACUGUAUGUGGUAGCAGGUCCCUGCUCGACGGCGGGGGAGGACGGGCGGCCGGCGAGCUAUCCACGCGACGGAUUUGUGCGGUUCGUGGCGUACUCGGACACACACAGCCGGGCAGAAUGGCUGGCCAAGCCAGAUGCAGACGUCAUGAUCCACGGCGGCGAUUUUACCAUGACGGGCACAAACGCAGAGAUCGACGGGUUUGUGGCCUGGUUGAACGAGCUGCCGUACGCCCACAAGAUCGUCAUCGCAGGCAACCACGAUCUGACGCUCGACAUGACGGUCGGCGACGACGGCGUGCCCUACUAUGAGCGAGCCUGGCAGCGGUUCCACCGCCUCAAUGGCAAGCAGGACCCAGAUGCGGCCCGAAAGGCCGUCAUUGAGGCAUGCACAUACCUCGACGACGAGACAGCUGUCAUCCGCCGCCGCGACGCGGACGGUAUCAUCGAGAUCGUUCGCCGCACCAGCAGCGACGAAGAUGGCGAGGCGGAUAGCGAGGGUCUGGUUGUCACAGGCUCGCCGUGGUCGCCCGAGUUCUACGACUGGGCGUUCAACGAGAGCCGCGGAGUGCCGAUCAUGAAGCGAUGGAAAAAGGUGCUUCCGCACGAUGUCGACGUGCUUGUUACCCACGGCCCACCAGCUGGCUUUGGCGACAUGACUGUGACAGGUGUGGAGGCCGGGUGCGAGGAUCUGCUGCGACUGCUCCACAGCGGACGGAUUGCGCCUGCUGCUCAUGUCUUUGGCCACAUCCACGAGGGCUUUGGCGUCACGACCGAGACCGGUACGUCGUCGCUCGACACCACCUUUAUCAACGCCUCCAACUGCACGCUCAAGUACAAGGCGACGAAUCCGCCGAUUGUCUUUGAUCUGCCUCUUACAUAAGCCGUGCACCGUUGUUGACGAGAUCGAGCCAUUGUCCACCCUUCACGAUGAUGAUGAUCGAUCUGCCCAGACAUUACCCCAAAGAUGCAUAACUGCCGAGCAGUGGUCCCAAACUGGUAGCUGGUCAUGGGCGGCUGGCGAUUGAGCGUGUGGGCGAUUGAG